UACACUUCCACGCUGAGUGGAAAUGAGAAGACGCACGACGGAAACGUCUGAAAAACACAUUCAAAAAACUAAAACAUGCAACAUUGCUGCAUAGUUCUGCAAAUGUAUAGCUUGACACUUUGGGACAUACAUUCUCAUUCAUGAUGUGAUUUAGAUGAGUUGAUUGCUACCACUGUCAUGUUAGCAGCAGCUUAGCGUAGCUUAGCAUAAAGACUGAAAACGGGUGGGACUGGCUCUGUCCAAAGGUAAUAAAAUGUUCCUACCAGCACCUCUAAAGAUGAUUAUGAUUAUGUUACAUCUUGUUCAUCCAAAUUGUCAAACCUUUCCUUUCAAACAACAUGCAAAAUACAUAUAAACAUGCAGCAUAUACUCAUAUCAACACACAGGGCUCAACACGUGUACACCAGUGUCUGACCGAGCCUUUGAUAUGCUUCAACUCCUUUAUGAUUAUUAAUAUCAUGAUUAAAUGGUUAACAUACAAACGUAUAACACAAAUAAACUAUUGCCCCAGCCCUAUGUCCUACAAAGUUGUGUUCCCAUAAAACUAACUUGCAUUCUCAAUUACAUAUCAAGUCUUUUAAACGGUCGCAGUGUGGUUAACGAACGUGUAGUAAAUAAACAUGGUUUGGCUUAAAACUACAAAAUUUGAACAAAACAAAACAGAAACUCAACAAAGUACUUGGUUAUGUUCGGGCAACAAAAGAACUUGUUCACAAGGGACACAAACAGCUUCUGGGUGAAAGCCCUGUGAUUGUAUGACCCACCACCACACCGACCUCCUCGCCAUGUGGACGUCCAAGAACUCAUUAGGAGACUUAUUUGUGAUUCAUGAGAAGCAAACGUGACCCACAACAAAACACGUUUCCCUCGAGAGGUAAUCAACAAUGCAGUUUUGUUGUAUGGAGUCAUGUUUAAGAGACAUGGCUGUAUUGCCCUUUGGAACUUAUGAAAGUCAGACUGAGAGGAAAAUACUGACCACUACCAACCACUGCAUCAUGAACACAUACAUUCAUAUGGUCAAAUAACAAAUGCUCUCAAGAAUGGGGGGCUGGGACAGCUCCUUCCUGUGGUUAUGGCCGGCUGACACCGUCCAGUGGUGCCGAAGACAAACGUAAAUGUCUGGACACAUGUGGCAUCUAACCCUAGUGUACACAUGAACACAUCCUCACAUAUAAAACACACACAUACACACACACCAACUGCAACAAUUUCCUCAGCUGAUAAUCGAGGUGUAUAUUUUUAUACAAUUUGUCAUAUUUAUUACGUAGCAUCAUAAUAAUAAUAGCACCUCGUGUUACAGUAUUAAUCCAGUGGAACAGAUCUCAGAUCAGGUGACAAAGCUGAUGCUACCUUAAAGGAAAAACCAUCUUUCUCUUCACCUGGAGCUCUUUACAUUGGUUUGUCACCUCAUCUCCUUAUUCGACCUCCUGCAUUCACGUGUUUAACUUCAUACAAAAGCAGCCAGAAGCUGUAUUCUUUCAUGUUUGGUAUUAACUGUAGUAACGUUUCACUGAUGAGUUAACAUAGCUAUCAAGGUUAUCAAUAGAACACAGAAGAUAAUCAAUAGAAUGAGUCGAGAGCUUGCCGAACGGUAGACACAGACAUGUUCAUUCCUGUGGUCUUUCAAAUAAAAGAGAACUGGAAACAACCUGACUGGAACUGACAAUUACUGCUUCUGCAACCAAACUACAGCUGCAGAGACGUUUAAUUGGCUGCUGAUUUACUGAAGUUCUUUCUUUCAUCAACAUCUGGAAAGCUUCUGUGGGUGCUCAAACUGAACUCGGUUGAAAACAACAGAGUAUUGUGAAGGAGCGGCGUUGCCUCAUCAGCACUUUAAGGCGUUGAUGUCUCCACCUCGACACACUUGACUCCUUCCAAUGAUUGCUUCUUGUGGUUUCUGCUUGACUGAAUGUCAUGCCAUUGUGAAAUCAUAGGUAACUUUAGGUCACAUCGAAGAGCCUGAGAUGGGUUUAGUAGCUUCCAAGGAGAUGCUUGAUAAGAGUCUUAUUGGAGCCUCAUUGAUAUUACAUAUUUACCAAUAAAGAAUGUGCUUCGCAGCCAACUCCACCGCCAAUCAUAACCUCACAGGGAAACGACACUUAAAGGAAAAACUGCGUUUCUUAAAAAGAUGUUGUGAGUUAUUCCCCAAAGACCGGAAUAGUGUUUUCAACCUUCCCAAAUGAAUCUAAGGAACGCCAGGAAAAUAGGCCCCAUUUAAUACAUGUGGGAAAUAUUUUGGAGUAAUUGUUAUUUGGGGCGCCCCUAUGGUUGGACAACAACCGGAUGACCUCAUGUUUUAAACAGCUGACAUUGUUUUCAAUGGCGAAACUCUACAAUCAAAAACAUGGUUCUUCUUUCAGACUCGUAAAAAGAAAAGAUCCGAAACACAUGGAGGUGUUCUUUUAUUACUUUGCCUAUUUGCGUCUGUAGAUGUCUCCUAAAUUCACCAAGAGGUACUAUUAGAUAAUGCCUCAUUUGCAUAUUUAAACACAACAUUUCAGUUCAUGAAGGUAAUUGUAACAUUUUUUGUUGCAUAAAAAAGUCUUGUUCAGAGCUGUACUUCUCUCUCACCCUCUCGUGUCACCUCUGGUUGCAAAAAACAUAAGAUGGCGACGGCCAAAAUGCUUAAACUCAAGGCUUCAAAAAGUCCACAAACCAACGGUGAUGUCCCUGUGACUACGUCCACUUCUUACAUACAGUUUAUUACUCCACUUUAUUGCAGUCCGGGCCAUAGGUUUAUGAAGAAGUUUGUCAUGAGCUCAAGGCUUCUGAUGAAUCAAUGAUUCAUCAGAGGUAAAUGGUACCAUCUGUUACCAUCAUUUACCAUGAUAAAUGGUACCAUCCGAUCCUCUCUGAUACAGCGAGUGCACAGUUACUGGCAGUCAACGUUUCCCAUCAUCUCAGCAUCAUUAAUAGUCCAUUAUCAGCUACAGUUAAUCUUUACACCUGUGUAAUAAACCAAUCAAUGUUUCCACAUCAUCAGCUCUUGUUGAUAUUCACAGCAUUUUGACUGUCUCUCAUUGGCAGCUUGAAUCUCUCUCUGGUGGCUGUUUGUUGAGUAUGUUCCAGGUCAACACUUGCUACCUUCUCAUCUCGCCUGCACCAGCUGAGUUUCUGGAGUUAAAAAGUCAAGAAAGCAUCGUCAUCUGUUGUUUGACGGACCUGAAAACACAGAAACGUUCAUCUCGGCGUUCCCAUCAAUCAGUUACUUAUCUGUUGUUCACAGCUAUAGUCCAGAGGUCACUGCCGGGAUACUAAGUGGAGGCAUGUGUUCCCCUCUGCCUGUCUGUCUGUGAGCGUGUGUGACUGCCACCACCUUCAUGGGAGCGAUGGAUUUUGUGAAGGAGUUGCAGAAAAAGAAGAUUAUUGUAGGUGUCUUGGCUGUAUCGAUCGUGACCCUAAUCCUCGGACUUGGACUUGGUCUUGGACUGGACUUGCAGAAAUGUCGAAACAAAGUCGUCCCCCACACGUCCUGCAGGAAUCGAUGCUACGAGCCCUAUGACGGCGAGAUCCCCGGCUGCAGAUGUGACAAGAACUGCAACGCCAGCAGCUGCUGUUACGACUACCACGACAUCUGCACCGUCCCCACCCAGCAGUGGGAGUGCACGAAGCUGCGCUGUGGAGAGAAGAGGCUGACGCAGAGCAGAUGCCACUGCUCCGACGACUGCCUGUCUGCAGGAGACUGCUGCACAAACUACAAACAUGUCUGCCACGGAGAGAGAGAGUGGGUGGAGGACGAGUGUGAGGAUCUGUCGACCCCCACAUGUCCAGCAGGCUUUAAGCAGCAGCCUCUGCUCCUCGUCUCUCUGGACGGACUGAGGGCUGAGUACCUGCAGACAUGGAGCGCUCUCAUCCCUGUUCUGGACAAACUCAAGAAGUGUGGAACGUCGGCACCGUACAUGCAGCCGGCAUUCCCCAGCAAGACUUUCCCCAAUCACUACACCAUAGUUACGGGUCUCUAUCCAGAGUCCAACGGUUUGAUUGACAACAGUAUGUUCGACCCGGUGUUUAACGCCUCCUUCAGUCUGUCCGGCCCAGAGAAGGACAACCCUGACUGGUACCUGGGACAGCCUAUCUGGCACACAGCGAAGCACCAGGGGCUGAAGUCUGGGACCUUCUUCUGGCCAGGAUCCGACGUCAAAAUCAACGGAAGCUUUCCCGACAUCUACAAACCAUACGAUGGUAAAGUGCCAUUUGAAGAAAGAGUGCUGACUGUGCUGAAGUGGCUACAGCUGCCAGAUGAUGAAAGACCAGAUUUCUACACAUUGUACGUAGAGGAACCUGAUAAAUCUGGACACAGCUACGGUCCUGUGAGUGGAGGGCUGAUUGAAGCAAUCCAGGGUGUGGAUAAGAUCAUUGGUCAACUCAUGAACGGCCUCAAGCAGAUUGGCCUCCACCGCUGUCUCAACAUCAUCAUUGUAGCAGAUCAUGGUAUGGAGGACACGAGCUGCGACAGGAAGGAGGUGCUGCAGGAGCUGGUGGGGGACAUCAGAAACUACUGGGUCACUGAGGGACCGUUCGGACGCAUCAGAGUCAGAAACAACGCAGUGUUGGACUCAGCCGAACUUGUUGCCAACAUGACUUGUAAGAAGCCAGACCAAAAGAUCAAGCCGUACCUGAAGGCCAACCUGCCAAAGCGCCUCCACUUUGCCAACAGCCGUCGCAUUGAAGAUGUCAACGUCCUGGUCGAGCCAAAAUGGCUGUUUGAGAGGUAUCGAGGAUCUCUCACAUUCUGCUCUGGCGGAGCUCACGGCUAUGACAACGAUGCUGAGAGCAUGCACGCUAUGUUUGUCAGUUAUGGACCUACGUUCCGGUCCAAAACAGAGAUCGAACCAUUUUCAAACAUCGAGCUUUACAAUCUCAUGUGUGACGUGAUGCAGAUAUCUCCCACCGUCAACAACGGGACCCACGGCAGUAUGAACCACCUCCUGAGGCGGCCCUACUACACAGCAGCGCCCCCCGCAGAGCGCAGUGUUCCGGUUCAGUGUCCGCUCAUCAGCCUCGACCCUGCAGACGACCUAGGAUGCUCCUGUCCAGCCCUGAGUGGAAAUGCUAUCAACAGCCGUCUGAAUCUGACAGCAGAGGAAGAGUCCGCUGCAGAGAAGAAGCACAUGUUGUUUGGUCGUCCCCGGAUGCUGCAGCCUGACCAGAGUUACUGCGUUCUCCACCAGGAAGGAUUCAUCAUCGCCUACAGCCAUGACGCUCUGAUGCCUCUGUGGAGCUCCUUCACCAUCGACAAGCCGAGGAACUUGGACCCGUUACCACCAGUGACACCGGACUGUUUGAGGGCUGACGUCAGACUCCGAGAGUCCCGGAGUCCCACAUGUGACCAGUACAACACUGCUGGGAACCUGACGCACGCCUUCCUGUACUCGCCAAAUCUGAAUGAGACGGUGGAUCAGCAGUACGACGCUCUGCUAAUGAGUAACGUGGUGCCAAUGUACCCCGAGUUUAAGAAGAUCUGGGACUAUUUUCACAGCACACUACUAAAGAAAUACGCCACUAUUUACAACGGUGUUAGUGUGGUGACGGGCCCCGCCUUCGAUUACAACUAUGACGGACAGUACGACACUCCGGGGCAGAUCCAGCAGUUUGUGUCCGGCACGAACAUCUCGAUACCCACCCAUUUCUUUGCGGUGUUGACCAGCUGCAGGAACUCGGCGCUACCGGUGGCGGCCUGCGUCGGCGAGCUGCAGACCGUGUCCUUCCUGCUGCCUCACAGACCCAACAACAUGGAAAGCUGCGAAAGUACACAAGCCGAAUCUCUUUGGGUUGAAGAUCUCAUGUGGUUCCACCAGUCACGAGUCAGAGACGUCGAGUGGAUUACAGGAUUGGACUUUUACCAGGGCAGCAAUCGACCAAUCACAGACCUGCUGAGGAUGAAGACCCGCCCCACAGCUGCCAUUCACAGAAAACAGUGAACUUGCUCUUUUCCACAAAAAACAAAUCACCCGAGUUUAAUAUUAAGUAUCUGUAAAAGUAUUGUAGUUUUGAGUGAGUCGUCUUAAAUUGUGUUGUCACUUUGUAAACACUGGACUGAAUGUAUUAAUUAUUCAACAAAGUGACAUUGUUUAUUUAUUUACUUUUCACCUUAAAACUGUUUGUAUUCAUUUCUUCUUAUUACUUUCCUAUUGUCGUGAUUUUUAUCCUGUUGAUUUUGUUUUGUAAUCUGUAUUUAAGCGUUUAUUUCACGCAAUGCAGAUGAGAUGAGUUAGAACGUGUAUUACAGCAGUGGAUGUAAAUAUAAACUCAUAACCAUCAACGAUCACAGUUUUUAGAUCAAUAAACAAUUAUAGACACGAGGCCGCUGCAGACUGUUGGCCUUCACACACAAAGAUCAUGGUUUGUGUUAAAAUUGUAACUUAACAUAAUGUAACAACGUAACAUAACAAUGUAACAAUGUAAC